AUGAGAGCUCUAUCAAAACCACUAUCCAGCCCGGGCCGGGCCGAGAAGUUCCCCCCGCCGUUAAUGAGGAUCCUGCGGACCAACCCCGGCAGCCGCAGCCGAGGCAGGUCCCGCUCGAGCCCCAUCUUCCACCUCCGCAGCAGGCGGCGGCCCCCCGGCGGCGCCAUCGAGGCCGCCCAGGAGCCGUCCUCCCCGAAGGUCACCUGCAUCGGCCAGGUCCGCGUCCGCCGCAGGAAGACGGGAGCAGCCCCCGCCGUCGACCUCCGCCUCCGCCGCCGCCGCCACUGGCUGUCAUGCGGGAAAAUUUCUUGCGCAUUCCCGAGGAAGCCCCUCGGUAGGUUUUUCCGCUCGAUGUUCAGGGAGCUUCUGGAAUCUUCUCCUCAGUCGUCUCGGUCGCCACCGAGAAACGCUCUGCUCCUGACGAGGUGCAGAUCUGCGCCGUACAGGUCAUCAUCGCUGGGCGGCAGAUUUUGGGCGGAGGAAAAAGGGGAAAUUAUCAGUAAGUUGAGUGAAGAAAAUUCCGCCAUCGACGAGCCGGGUGAUGUAAAGGGUGAAGAAAUUGGGAAAAGGGUUGAAGAUGAUUUGAAGAAUGUGGACAAUUGUAAAGGGGUUUCAGGUGCGCCAUUGAUGCUCACAAGGUGCAAAUCAGAGCCAGCAUGGAGAGGAGAAAGGCUUGGUGUUGUUGAUGAUGAAGAUGAUGAUUAUGGUGAUACAGUGGAAAAAGGUUAA